UUCACGUUCAAAUCUUUAUUGACAAUUGUUUGUUGAGCAUUAUUUGUUUCGAUUUGACGUUCUCUUGUUUCCUUCGGAUAUUUCGCACAGGCUUUUAACAUAUGACCUGAUUGAACACGGGUAUAGUGGACUCUUCAUUUCACCAUGCAUGACAUAUAUCAACUUGAAACCAUAAACCUUAAGCUAUAAAAUAAACGGGGAAGACGUCCUACCAACAAGACUUGCGGCACUACGGAUCUCUCUCUCCUACUCCUGAAUCCUCCUCCGUGGAUCCAAGACACAAUGGACAAGAUGAAUUUGUAUGAGUUCUUCAAAAGGAUUGGAUUCAGCGGCCCAUUCGAGAAGCCAGACCAGGCGACCCUCAACGCUAUCCACAAACGCAUUGUGAUGACGGUCCCUUUUGAAAACCUGAGCAUCCACUGUGGUGAGAAGAUCGGCAUGGACCACGAAGCCAUCUUUAAUAAGAUUGUGAGAGAGCAGCGUGGGGGCUGGUGCAUGGAGGGCAACUACCUCCUGGCAUGGGUGCUGAGAGAGCUGGGCUAUGACUCGGUCAUGCUGGGGGCCCGAGUUACCUUCGGCCAUGCCAAUGAUCCCUCCGCCCCAGAGAGCCAUCUCAUCAACAUGGUGACCAUCGACGGCAGGAGGUACAUCGCAGAUGUGAGCUUUGGACUGUCCUUUCAAAUCUGGGAGCCCAUAGAGCUUGUGUCUGGAAAGGAUCACACCGAAGCCGCCGGGGUAUUCCGUCUUAUAGACCAGGAUGGGCUCUGGUUCUUCGAGAAGACCAGCCGGAAGCAGAAGAUCCUGAAUCCAGACUUGGCUAAAUCAGGUGAGAAGGAGAAAAAACCAACGGAGCAGAUCUAUUGCUUCACUCUGGUCCCCCGUGAAAAGGACCACUUCACCGAUAUUAACCACAAACGACAGACCGAGCCGAACCAACUUUUCACCACAAAGUCGAUCACCUCUCUGCAAACCCCAACAGGGUUUCGAAUCCUGCUCGGCUGGACCUACACGGAGGUCACUUUUAGGCCGGACGAAGGUGUAGAUCUCGUAGACACAAGAGACCUAUCAGAUGAGGAGGUGGAGACCAUUCUCAGGGAAAAGUUCAAUAUAAAAUUGAAGAACAAGUUGUCACCCAAAAACAACAAAAUAGGCUACGGUGUGUAAAUUGGAUUUAUUUGUCCAUUUUGUGCUUUUAGUUGUGUGCAUCUCCAAAAAUAGUGAUUUGUGUGAAUAAAAACCAAUAUUAAAUAAAAAAGUGUAAAUGUGGUUCUUUCAAUGGAUCCUUAAAGUCUGCCCCAAACCCCUGACCCUGUGGGAUUGGAUGGACAAGGUCACGUGGAUCAGAAUGAAGCAAAGGAAUGCAAGGUAGAACCGGGAUAGAAGGAUGUGGUAGGAAGCCCAUACACACGGGGCCCAAUGCAUCAGUCUCUGGAUUUCUGCCCCAUGUCAUCGAGUGCCAUGCGUUUUAUUACAUUGUGAUUGGGGGUCAAGCAGCGAAGCUGAGAGACAACCUAUUGUUUUCGUAUGUUUUCUUAUUAUUAUCCUUCAAUGGGAGUCUAUGGCAGCCAAUAGAACGCCUUGGUGACGCCUUCUAGCGCCACCAACAGGUCAAAGUUGGACAUGCAUUCAUGUUUAUAACUUUCGACCCAUUCAUCCAAUA